AAGAUCCAUUUUUUAAAGUUCUCUAUUUUGCUUAUUGAUGGCAGAGAAAAAACAAGGACAAGAAACUAAUAUUUGUAGGGAGUAGUCAAGUUGUUGAAAUAAGCAACUAUAAGAGUGUUGAAUUUGAAGGUAGAUAGGGAGAGAAAGAGAGAGAAUAAUUAUUCAGGGUGAAAAUAUGAUCAUUAACUCUCACCUCUCUCUAACUUAGUACUCACAUCAGAGGCAUGGACAAAAGCAAAGAAACUGAGGGAUGGAAGGAAGCAAGGAUUCACAAACAUGGAAAACGACAUGAGAAGAAAGGAAGCCUGGAAACAGGAGGAAGAAGGGAAGUCUGGAAAACGACAAAAACAACGUUCUUCGUCACUGAGUUUAAUGAUAAAUGGGAGGCCAGAGAUCUGUAUCACGAAUUCAAGGAGUUAGGCGAUAUCGAUGAGGUGUUCAUACCCAACAAGAAAACUAGAUGGGGAAAGAAGUAUGGGUUCGUAAGGUUCUUUAAUGUAGGGGAUGAAAGGAGGCUGGAGAUGAAACUUGAUAAUAUUUUCCUAGAUGGAAGGAAGAUCUUUGCCAAUUUACCCAAGUUUGGUCGUAGGCCAAAUCAAAACUUCACAUACCGAACCAAAUCCCGUGGUGUUCAGGAGGACUCUGUAAUUGCUCAAGCAAAAGCUAAGAAAAAGGAUAUCAGUGGUAUCAAGGGAUUCAGGAAGGGUGUAACUUUUGCGGAGGUUUUAAAGGGAGAAACUUCCACCAAAGUAUUGGAGUAUCUCCUUGAGAGUGAAAUUAUGAACAGAUUAUUGAACACGUACGUGGGGGAGGUUGUAAAUCUGGGAUCGACGUUCAACAUGCAAGCACAGUUCUUCGCUGAAGGUUUUUUCUCGAAAAAAAGCAUCGCUAUCGGUGCAAACUUGUGUUUACUCGAGUAUGAAGAUGAAGGGGUAUUGAGGGAACUGGUGGAUGGUGGAAAUACCUGGCUUGGGCAGUGGUUCAAGGAGGUUAGAGUAUGGAGUCCAAGAGAGGUUGACAAGGAGAGAGUGAUGUGGAUGAGGGUUAACGGUGUUCCGUGUCAGGUGUGAAAUUACAGUUUUUUUUACCUCUCUCAGAACUUAGGCACUCUAAUGCAAGAGGAUGAAGUUACUAAGAACAGGACUAGAAUGGAUGUGGCUAGAAUUCUCAUUCGCACCAAAACAAUAUUAGAGUCAUGGUUCGAUUCCUAGGGGGGAUUAUUGAUUAAGCCGGUAACAUGCUCGGUUGGCCGACACGGUUGAUGCGUGCAGCGGAUAUCGGGGUGUUACACAACCCAUCCAAAGAGAAGGUAUGCACUUAUUACAGAAAAAUGGCCACGCGGUAGAUGCUUGCAAUAGAAAACAUGGGUAUCCAUCCACCAGGAUAUGGAGCUUCUCGGGGAAAUUCCUCAACCAACAAUGUUGGGCAUGAUGCUCAAGAAGUUGGUGCAUAAAUGAAGAUAAAAACUAAUGAAUGAAGCAUUGCCAUCACCAAAGAUCAAUUCAAUACACUGAUUGAUUUACUUGAAAGGAACAAUAUGGAUGGAGCCAAGCAUGCAACAAAUAUGGUGAGAGGAGAGUGUAGCGGCUGCUAUUCUGCAGGAGCAGCAGGUUAUCAUGUUGAAGGUAAGGACCGAGGAAGAUAUGAUUAGUGACGUGAAGAAGUUGCACUUGAUUCUAGUGCUGUUAUGCUGUGAUUCGUUUUACAUUUUUUGUGUACUAUUAAUUCAAUGGAAUUUGUUGUAUAUUAUACAUAUUGAGAUGUAUUUUUAUCACUUAUGAAUGUACUCAGUACCACUAUUUUACACUUGAUUAGUAUGAUUCUAGAUGCAUAUUGAUCGGGGUGUUAUAGUUGGUAUCAGAGCCUAGUUGACCCU